AUUCCCCCCGCCUUCUCUCUCUCUCUCUCUCUCUCCCUCUCGCCAUAUAUUGCCUACAACCGAGUCACCUGUUCUUCAAUCUCAUUGAAUCCCAAGGAAUCAAAGAAUGGCCAGCGCUAAAAAGACCUUUCUCUCGCUGUUCUUCACCUUAAUUUUAGCUGCAUACGUUAUACAAGGAUCUACAACUCAAGUACUACUUCAUUAUCAUCAAAUGCUCCCUCGCUCCUCCACAUUGAAAAUAGACUUAAAUUUGCAGGGUGGCAGUCGAAGACAGAUGAGUGGGAUUUCAAGGAGAAUGAUGAUUGGUUCCACAGCACCAACCUGCACAUACAAUGAAUGUAGAGGGUGCAAGUACAAGUGCAGGGCUGAGCAAGUUCCUGUGGAGGGAAAUGACCCAAUGAACAGCGCAUAUCAUUACAAAUGUGUUUGCCAUCGGUAAUAUAUAUAUUUCUGAUCACUCUCCAGUGAGUGUUGUUUUGAAUCCGCGCGCCGCAGAGAACUGCAUUCGUUCUUAAGUGUUCAACUGUCAGUACAAACAGUUAAAGUGGGUCUCUGAAUUAGCUGUUGUCGUGUUAGUUUGGAAUACGAAUAACGCAGAGACUCCAGUUCUUUCUGCUUGUUUCGAAUCCAAAUAAUGCAGAAGUUUCUUCCUUCCAGCUGCUUCCUUCUUCCAUUUUAUUUUAUUUAUUUUAUAUUAUUAUGUUUUCUCAAGUGCAAUGAGCUGCAGAGUUCUAGUCAAGGGGUCUGUAAUUCAGUAAAAUCAUCAGAAAAUGAAGCCGCAGACUGAAAAGGAUCUCAAAUA